AUGGCGCUCAACAAAUCCUUAACAUGUGUUAAUGAAACUAAUAUCCAUUUGACAUUUGGCAUAUAUAUCGAUUUCCCCGACGUUGCAAUUAAUAGAGAAAUUCCCUUUUUAUACGUGGACGUCGAAAAAAACUCGAUGCAAUCCGUUACUUUUAGCGUCGAGAGAAAAUUUGGUAGUGUCGUCGCAAAUGGGCCGAUAGGUCAUAAAGUACCAAUAAUUGAUCCAGAAACGACAAAAUAUCUAACACUUGACAACAAAAUUCCGGAUAAACUCACCAUAACCAAUGAAGAUACAAAACCGCUUAGCGUUGGUCUCGAACUCGGUGAUAAGAUUGCAGCCACUACUCAGGACGAUUUAAAACCCAAACAAUCAAUUGUAUUUCACCUACCAGAAAAAUACUAUGUUGGAAUAUUCUCUGAAAUUGAGAUUGACUGGCCUAAUUGGAGCGCCGUAAUCAAUGCAAAAAUACCCUUAAAUUUUGAGGGAUCAGCAGCUACAGUUACUGCAACUUUGAACGAUAAAGAUGAAAUAAAACUUGAGCUUCAAGGGAUUAUCUAUGCCUAG